AUGAAAAUUCAGUCUAUAUCGAAGAAAAAACUGCAGACAAAGAAAAAGCCCACGGUCGAGCUGCCUGACAAUGUUUGGAACCUCAUCUUUGACUACUCGUCACCGUUUGAUGUAAUAAAAUGGCGACGAGUCAAUAAACAAUUCAAACGCAUUAACGAUAGUCGUGUAAAAAGGACGCUUUACCUAGACGUGUUGAGAAUGGAUAUCACACAAAUACUGCCGAAAGGAGUUAUGGGAGAUGGUGACUUCUUCCGACACCCUACUUGCAAUUUAUUAGGGCAUCACGAAUAUCGUUCUCUUCUGCUCGCCGCUCAUGCGCAAUGGACAGCAAAAGAAGCGGCAAAAUUGCUGCGUGCGGUUCAGUUCUUUGGCAAAAACGCUCAUACCAUCAUGAUCGAUUCAUCGAUAGCUGAGCUUUGUGUGGCAGGACAAUGUACGACAGACAUACCGGCAUGGUUCGCAUUCCAGGCCGCAGCCGGUGGUACCGAUCCAACGUCGGAACCCCAGGAUGGCUCCAAAGUGAAGCGAAAUUCAACAUGUCCACAUAUCUUAGUCAGUCUGAUGGAGAUUUACCGCAAUGGAACCCGACAACGCAACGUAUUCCAUUAG